GUUUGCAAACAGUAACCGAUUUCAAGCGAAUAACCUGGUCAUCAUUGACCGCAGAUAACCAGAGAUAACCAUACUUGAGAGUUGGGUUAAAGUUCUGGUUAUUGGAGAAGUGAGGUUAUAAGAAGAAAAAGUAAAUAAACAAGAACCAUCUUUGGUUAGAAUUAUGGAGGGUACCACUACCCUGUACCACGUUUAUUUCUCAUUUGGUUGUAGCAGAGGCAAGGGCGAACCAGCAGCUUUGAAGGAUACUCUGAAUCCAGAUUGGAUUCCAUCACUACAUCUUGGAUAUGGAUAUGAAAGAAUAUCUGAAGAAGAUGGUGUCAAAAAAAUGGAGCGAUACAAGAGAAAAGGGUAAUGUCUUUCUCUAUUCUACAUUUGUGGAAUGCUUUACUAGGACAAAUGUUCACAUUUAAUAUAUCAUUUUUCACUUGCUUACAGAUCAGGCAAGAUGUGGAAGAAGCAGGACCAUCUGAUGCACCUCUUGAAUUGCCUUCUGAAGACAAUAUUGAGGAUGUAUCGGUACAAGAAAAUAUCCAAAACUCACAAGGAGUCCAAACGGACAUAACUAAUCAAGAUUUUAUCUCAAUGAAGGUAGAACUAAGCGAUUUGAGACAGCAAUUGAAGCAGAUGAGAGAAUUAACAAUAUGUGUGGAAGUAUUAGAAGGCAACGAUAUCAAAACUCUUUAUUAUAGUGGCCUUCCAACAUAUAUGGAGUUUGACAAAGUUUCAAAUUUAGUUGUGCCUUACAUAAAAACUAAUUUGAACACAGUGCUAUCGCCCUCAAAUCAAGUCUUAUUGACACUUAUGAAACUCAGAUUAAACUUGUAUUUCAAGGAUAUAGCACAUAGAUUUGGCAUUAGUCCUACAACAGCGGCUAAUCAUUUCAAAACAAUUUUGGCCAUUUUAUGUUUGAGAUUAAAGAAUUUUGUUUUUUGGCCUGAGAGGGAAACAUUAUUAAGAACAAUGCCUUCCUAUUUUAAAGAGGCAUUUCAGGAAAAUACAACAGUUAUUAUUGACUGUUUUGAAAUCAAAACAGAGAGACCAAAUGAUAUGUUGGCAGCUGCUCAAACAUGGUCACAUUAUAAGCAUAGCCGAACUGUUAAAUACUUAAUAGGAAUUACACCACAGGGCAGUAUUUGCUUCAUCACUGAAGGAUGGGGAGGACGAGCAUCUGACAAAAAUCAUAAAUGAACAGUCUCAGUUUCUGGAAAAUGUAUUGCCAGGUGAUACUGUAAUAGCUGACAGAGGUUUUUUGAUAAAAGAAUUUGUUGAAUUGUUUGGGGCUAGUGUAAAGGUGCCAGCAUUUAAGAGAGGUAGAUCUCAGUUCCAUCCAAUAGAUUUGGAACGUACGAGAGCCAUAGCGCAUGUCAGGUUUACUAAGGCAAAAAUAUACAAUUUUAGAUAUUGUAAUUCCUAUGACUCUAUUGAGUGUGAAAGGUGACAAUUCAAUUUUGGAUGAAAUCGUUUUUGUGUCUUGUGUCCUAAUUAAUUUAUGUCCACCAAUUAUACCACCAUAAUUUUCUAUGUUGUAAUUUAUU